AUGGCUGCCGCUCGUAUGUACAACAGACUCGCGACCACCAACGACGCCACUGAACUCGAGCAGAUCCGCCAGACAAUCCACUCUGAACCCAACGCACUAGCCUGUUUCCUCGAAAUCAUAAGGCGGGCUGGUCAAAGGGGGAACGUUGAAUGCUACACUUUUAGCGCCCCCGAGGUCUUCACCUUCCCACUAAACGCCGACGCCUGCACGGUGAUCCUCGACGUCCUCGAAAGCGCCAUCCGGGCCCGCUACCAGUGGCUCAUGCUUGAUCUGCUCGAACGAGCUCUGCAAGCCCUUACCGGUCCGCAUCUUAGGUACGUGCUCAAGUUCUCCCUCAUAGCGGCCAUCCGGAAAGAGAAUGGUGCGUUCGUGGAGCGCACCCUCAAGGCGGAUUUUGACGCCACGAUUCUGAUUGACUGUCUAGUGGAAGCGAGCUGUGAUAUGAAAAUGGACUUUGUGGUUCCCAUGGCCAAAUACAUCCAGGCUUCGUUUGAGCGGGAUCUCAAGAUGGACCCCCCGCCCCCCGACACGCAGGCUAAAAUCAACGAGACGGCGUAUCACCUGGAUGAGAUCUUUCGCAGAAACGCCGCCGCCGGUGUGGAGGCUCUUCCAAUAACUCAUGCUCUGCUUCCGCUGUAUGCUACGUGCCAACGAACUGGAAUGCUAUUGGGCGCGGGUGGCGGAGAUCUUCCACUCUCUGGUGUUCGAGAGUGA